CCCAAACAAAUGACAGGCGCUUGAGUGGUGGCCACCGAUUCCAGAGCACUCGUUGAUCAGUGCACGCCGCGAUCGCAGGGCGAGCUUGCCUGAAAGUUCUUCAUCUCCGUAAACGCGACCAGAGACCGGCCCAGUGUCAGUUGCACCUGCCAAUCGUAGGUACGCGCGUCCGUCCGCACGACCCCCUAGUCGCGCCGAUUUGUCGGUGGUGGAUUUUUUCUUCGAUCUCGGAAAAUAAGGGUAGAUCGAAGGUUUUGUUGGUGGAUUGUGAUUUGGAAUUGCGGGAUUUGAGGAUAUCUGCAAGGAUAAUACGAAUAACAAUCGAGAAAACAUUUUUUUUAAGCGUGCAUGUGAUAUUUAUCAGAUUUUUUGUUUGGUCGACCUUAGUUUUGUUUUUUUUAUUGGAGCAAAGAACAGGUGUAUUUUUGUGUUGGUGUAAAGAAAAAGACGGAUUUUUUUUGUGUUGUCGAGAUUGGAAAAUGGAUAUUUGAUUUGUUAUUAUGGAUAUUAGAAGCGAAGUGGUUUGGCCAACUUGGUGUUAUUCAGGUGAACCAGUAGUACCACAAAACCUCGACGUCAGUGUCACCAAACCAACCCGUAGAAAACAGAUGGAGAGAACCGUUGUUACGAAUUCAGGGAUAGCUGCUGACUACUCGAAUAACAACAACCUUAGCAAUAACAACAACAAUGUGAAGCACGAAAGACUGAGUCCUGGAACUCCAGACACAUCUAGUAGAUCUCCAACCGUUACACCUUCCUCUGCGUCCCACCCUGGAACACCUCCUUCUAACGAACAGCUGGCCUUAGCUGGAUGCAGGAACUACAGCGAUUUUAUGAGGACCUUGGCUGCGAAGUAUCAACCUACUGACUACUUCAGCGCAGCAAGGAACGGCCUAGCACCUCCUCCCCACCCUCGUCUCAAACCAAUGCCCUUCCCAAUGAUGCCAAAUCUACCCCCGAUUCCCCAAGGCAAGGAAAACGAUCUCAACAGGCCAAAACCAGACUACGUGACCCUCCUGAAUCCUUUAAUGAACAACACUCUGUAUCCUCCCAUAAUGGACAUGACAGCCACUCAGGCCUUGGUCACCUUGCUCAAGAACGCUGCAGAGGAAGAAUCCCACAAUGUCAAGAACGUGAGACCGAGCCAGGGAACAAAGAGGUCAGAUACUGCAACGCCCUUGGAUCUUUCUGCUGGAGCUCCUACUGUGAAGAGGGCUAGGACGAAAUACUCCUCCGGCUCUGGAGGUGGUUUGGUCUUGCCCAAGAGGGCGCAGUCGGAGAGUCCGGUGUUGGGGGAAGAUUUUAAGAGUUGGACUGUCGACGAGGUUGCCAAUUUUGUCGCUGGGAUUGAUAUUUGCGCUGAGUAUGCUCCGCUGUUUAAAGAGCAAUCGAUAGAUGGCGCUGCCCUUCCGCACCUGACGGAAGACCACCUCAUCACGAAAAUGAAGAUGAAAAUUGGACCGGCUGUGAAACUGAGAUCUAUAGUCGCCCAAAAGUCUGGAUCUUGUCAUUCCUGCCUGCACUGCGUUCAAUGCCACAAGUCUUCAUCAUCACAGGAGCCUGCAACUGCUAAAGGAAACUUUUCGGACAGUGGAGGUUCAACGUCUUGAGAACAUUCUUUGUAUUUAUGUACAUAUCUCCCCAAUUUUUUUCGAUUGUGAUAAGUUCCUUUUGCAAGCUCAAUACAAACCGUUGAUUUGGUAAACUUGGAAGAAUUCUUUUAAGUUGGAAGUACAAAUGAUACUUCUUCGUAGGAAAUAUCAUUGUGAUGAAAAUAAUUUAGUAAAUAUGUGAAUAAAUUGUUCCUGUAAAUCAAUCUUCAAGCUCAAAUCAGUCUGUUUUGCAAUAUUUAUUUAGUGUAAGAUAUAAUGUAAAUAAAUAUAGAAAAGUUGAUAUCGAUAAGGAUAUUUUAACACUUUCAAGCAAGAAUCAUUAUCAUAUCAUAAAAAUAAAGCCACUUUCAGGGCUCUUAUGUUAAUUUAGAGAAAAUAAAGGCUCUUUGAGCCCCCUGUACAUUUCGGUUAUGUAUCUUAGUAUUUCUUGUACCUUUGAAUACGAUUCAAACUGUAAAUAAAUCGAUUUAUACAAAGUA